AUGGGACAGGCCAUGUCGGAUGAGCAGCCCAGAGGCCGCUCCAAGGAAGAGCUGCUGCAGGACCUUGCAGUGCGCUUCAAAGAAAAAUGCUUCACCUCACUUGAAUUUUAUUCGCUCAAGGAUGUCUUCAGGACGCUGGCCGAUCACCAGGGGGGCGUCUCCUACCUCAAGGAAGAUACCGUUGCUCGCUAUCUGGAGAUUCCAGACAUCCUCGGCGCGUCACCAGUCUUGUUCCAGAUGGUGUCAUAUAUAGGCGCAUUCCCGUUUCUGGCCGAAGCGCCCGUGAUUCUUGAGCUCCCACAUUUAAUCAUGGUCGUCGUCAUCAUGACUGAGCGAUACAAACGGGUUCUGGCUCACGGGUCGACAGACCGUACCAAGCUUCUCUUCAAAAGUAUGGCAGUAUAUGACCGCAAAGCGUCCAUAACAAGUCCUACUUCAUCAACAGUCGGGCGCGAUGAGACGGACCAGUCUGGUGCCAAGUCGUUGGGGUUCAGUAUUGAUCAACCUGGCCAAGAAGAGGAUGACGACGACUAUGCCGACGAUGACCUCGUUCUUACUGCCUUCGAGUUGCUGAAUAUCGGCGAUGCUGUCAAACAAGGGAACGCGCCAGAGGUACAUGGCGCCAUUAUACCGACGGACAACUUCCGCAAGCUCGUGAUGCUGCUGCUUCUCGUUGCCCCGUUGGGCGAGCAAGAUAGUCUUUCGCAUUACUUUGACAGGGUCACGGGCACCGAGCUCGAGCACCUACGAUCCUCAGCAGAGAGCAUCAUAUCCUCGUUUGUCGAUGCAGAAACAUCCACGGGAAUACGAUACAAUGACUUUAAGCGACUGAUUCCUGCCAUUGCGCCGAACCUUUUCGGUGGGUUCAACAACCUCUUUGGCCAUUUUCUCUUCUCCAAAAAUCUCGACUUCACCAAACACAAAGGCGACGAGACCAAGCCCGCCAAGCCAGCCCAGCCUCUGGUUAUGAACAACGGCGAGAUUUUGGAUGGCCAUCUCUUGGCUCAAAUAUCGACGUUUUUACCCGCAUCCGACUUGUUUCACCGUGUCCGGCUAUUAUAUUCAGGAAAUGAGUCGGGGUUCUCACUCGGUAGCUUCGAGUCCAAGGUGUUCAACUGGGUGGCUCCUACUAUAUUGCUCGUGAGCGGAAGCCGACUUCCAGAUAAGCCCGAGCGCGGGCAGGAGACCAACUUUGCCGAGUCCCUGCCUCUGAAAAGAUAUCCGAACGGCAGCAAAGGCGAGCGUGUCACCUUUGGCGUCUAUGUUCGCCAGCCGUGGAAGCACACUCACAAGGAUUGCUUUGGCGACUCCGAGACCGUUCUCUUCCAAUUAGAGCCUGUGCACGACGUCUUUCGCGCGUCCACAAUCAACACUGACUACGUCACUUUUACAAAAGCACCGUCGCACCAGCCCUACAUGGCCUUUGGGUGUCCCCAUCCCAGACCGACCAAAUCAGGGCGCACUACCGGUACAUUGUCCCUGGGCGCGGUGUCGCUGCUCCUGGACGACUCAUUCGAGUUUGGCGUCUUUAACCAUGAUUAUUCAUCGCGCGGCGGUGCGUUCCACACAAGUGCUGUUCGUGCGUCCAACUUUCAAGACCGGUUUCAGGUUGAAAAGCUCGAGGUCUGGGGCUGCGGUGGCGAUAAGGAGGCGGCCGCGCAGGCGGAGCGAUGGGCGUGGGAGGAACGGGAGGCGGAAGCGCGCCGAAAGAUCAACCUGGGCUCUGGAAGCCAGGAGCAAGACCGUGCGCUUCUGGAAAUGGCUGGGCUGAUCGGGAAUAAUCGGAGUGGUGGCUCGAUGGUCUAG